AUGAAGAAUACUAUUAACACAGAAAUAAAAACACCAAUUAACAAGGAAAAUAAGAAUAUCUUGGAACAAAACGUGAAUGUAAUAAUUCCUACAAUUCAAAAUGAAUCUACAAAUCGUCUGACAAUUAAUAAUAGAUAUCAAUUAAAUUCAAAAAAUUAUAUCAAAAAACUUCAUCAAGCAUUAACGCAAGAAUGUAAAAUACAGUUGUUGGAUUGUGUUUCAUUAAAUAUAACAUUAAAUACAGAAACCUUAUCAAGUGUCACCUAUCAGGCACUAAAAGCUAUCAAGACUCGAAAAGUGUUCUCAGUUUUGGGGUAUUUUCCAAUAGUAGUUCAAGAAUUAAAACAACGUGGCUGGGUGGAGAAAAUCAAUCCAUCAAAACCACCCAUAAAUUACUUUCAUUAUACAAAAUCGACAAUAAAUUCCGUCAAUUGGGUUGAGUCACCGCCAUUAUUAUCAUAUUGUAGUAUUAAUGAAGCGAUUUGGGAUCGUUUAAAAAGUGCACAGUCUUGGAACAUACUAAAGAAUUAUAAAUCAGACUUUGUGUUUGUCACAAGAAAACGGUUAUUUAAUUGGAGUAACAUUCACGAAUCUACUGUAGUUAGUCAAAUUACUAGCUAUAUGUUUUGUUCAAAAAAAGGAUUAGCUCAUUGUUUAGAGCCUUAUCUUGACAAAUUAUCAAAUAUUAUGUUUCCAAGGUGUCAUUAUGUCCGGGGAAAGGCUGAUUGGGACAAAUUUUUAAAAGACUAUUACAUGACUGCACUAAUUGGUACACUUAAGACGAUAGUUGAAGCAAUUGAAAACAAAAAAGUGUUGUUUUCAAAAGAAGGCGAUCUGCCAUAUGAAAUGAUCAACUUUGUUGAGUGGCGAAUAUAUGAAUAUAUAAUUGAACAAAAGACCGGUCUUGUCGAUAAAACCAUGUGGAUAUUUGAAAAUCAGGUUGAAAUAUGGAAUAAAUUCAUGAACAAUUACUGGAAGUUAAUUAAUAAUAAUGCAAAUUUUUCCUAUGAAUAUAACUACCAAGUCGAAGUAGAUAUUUAUGCAAGAUGUAAGUAUUUACUUGAUUGUGUAGAGCAAUAUCGUUCACAACACUAUAUAGAUGGUAGCACAAAUACGUGGAUUGUGAAACCUAUAUCCAAUUGUUCAGGUCAAGGAAUAGUAAUGGCUAGACAUUUAGAUGUAAUAAAAGAAAAAAUUCUCUUAGAUACAGAUUCGGGAAGUAGUUUUAUUGUACAAAAAUAUAUAGAGAAACCCCUUUUAAUUAAUUCGUGCAAAGUUGAUUUAAGACAAUGGUUUUUAGUAACUGAUAUGAACCCUAUUGUUGUAUGGAUGUAUAAAGAAGGCUAUGUACGAUUUUGUUCAAAAAAAUUCACUUUAAAAGAUAUGCAUGAAUCAAUUCAUCUAAGUAAUGUUCGAUUACAAAUGAAAUAUCGCAAGAAAAAAGAUAUAGGAGUACCUGAAGAAUGUAUGUGGGAUUACAAAGAGUUAAAAGACUAUUUUAUAAAAAUUGGUCAGAACAGAGUAUGGGAUGAGUUAAUAUUUCCAGGAAUGGGCGAAAGCAUUUAUACUGUAAUUAAAGCAUCACAAAUAUCGUCAUCAUAUAGAAAAAAUACAUUUCAAUUAUUUGGAGCAGACUUUGUGAUCACUGAUAAUUUUAUACCAUAUUUGAUUGAAAUAAACUCAAUACCUGGUUUGAAUCCUUCUACAAGUAUUAUAGCAAAUUUAUCAACCAUUUUACUUAAAGAUAUAAUAAAAGUGGUUAUUGAUUACAAACAUAAUCCUGAUGCUGAAACGGAAACAAAAAAUUUACAUAAUAUCAAUACAAAUGUUAAUGUUUCUCGCAAUUACCAAAGUAUAAACGAAUAUGCUGAUCAAGAACAAAGUAAUCAAUUGGUUGAAAAUGUAACAAAACACUUGACUGCCAUACGAUUUCGAAAUAGUCUAUUCAAUGAAUAUAAGAUGAAACACUACCUAGGUCCUAAUCGAGAUAAUUUGUUACUAUUGAAGAGACAACAUUUUGGGGUAUCCGAUAUUCUUUUAAAAGAACUUGCAUCAGAAGAUCCAGAUUCUUUCAAAAACCAUUUAAGAAUGUCAUCAGACCUUUUUGAAACCUUACUGAAAUAUAUUACACCAUCAAUAGAAAAACAAAAAACAGUUAUGAGAGAUGCGUUACCAGCAAGAUUGAAACUCCAAAUCACAUUAAGGUAUUUAGCAUCUGGAGAUUCAUUUGCUUCUUUGCAAUACUCAUACAGAGUACCGAAAUGCACAAUAUCUAAAUUUUUACCUGAAGAGUGUGAUGCUAUAUACGGUGCGCCCAAAAAUUACAUAAAAGAUAAAAAUUAUGACGGAUAUGUAUUGUUUUAUCGUAUUUUCACUCAAGAAUUUAAUAUUUCAUUUUUUCAAGCAAAUAAAGACUUGUGUGAUACAUGUGUAGCUUAUAACAAUGCAAUAGGUGAAGACAAAAAUGAGUUGAAAAAUAAUUAUAAAGAACACUUGGUAGAAAAAGAUUUGUCAAAUUUGAGAAACUUAUUGAUAAAGAAAAGUCAAAUUUAA